AUGAAAGCGUACAGUCGACUAUUCGAGCCGAGACCGUUCGGCAGGAUUCGGAGAAGUCAGCGUAAGAAGGCUGCUCUGAAUGAGAUCUGGAACACACUGAAGGAGAGGCAGAAGGCCAUUGCCAGUGCCCAGAUUAAACAGAAGCUGAACAUGGCUGAGGUGGAGAAGGCUUUUGUGACUGAGAUGGACCAGAUUCGACUCUGCUUUGCUGAAAUGACAGAGCUCUUGAGAGGAAAAGUCCAAAGUCUGGCCGAAGGGCUGGAAGAAAAGAAGCAGAACAUCUUGAAAAGGAUGGAAUUGAGACUGGAAGAAAUCCAGGAAGGUCUGACACGCAUCGGAGUGGACCUGCCAAAGGCAGAGGAACAGCUGCAGGAUGAAGACAGUUUUCAGCUGCUGCAGGGAUUCUCAGAGCUGAGGUGUCCACAAGACCUGCGGCCUUUAGAAUAUAUAUCUGAAGAUCUCUCUCUGGACUUACCAAGUGGCCUUUUAAAGUACGGUUUGUGGAAAGAGUUGGGAGCUGUCAUCAGUCCAGGCUCUGGCCCACUGACUCUUAACCCGGCCACAGCCAGCCCGUGGCUCUCCUUAUCCGGGGAUCUGAGCAGCACGGGGCCCCGGCCCGAGAAGCGGCCGCUGCCCGAAGACCCGCUGAGGUUUGACCCCAGUCCCUGUGUCCUUGCUCUCGGAGGGUUUGUGAUGGGGAGGCACUACUGGGAGGUGAAGGUGGGCCACAAGAUCUCCUGGACUGUCGGGGUGGCGAGCGAGCUGGCCAGGAGGAAGGGCAGCAUUGUGCUGUCUCCCACCCAUGGAUAUUGGACUCUGGGACUCAGGAACGGGGUGACAUACAAGGCCUUCACCGGUGUCUCGGACGAGCUCCACCUGGAGCUGCAGCCCCGGGUAGUGGGGGUUUACCUGGACUACGAGGGGGGCCGGGUAUCCUUUUAUAACGCCGAUGGGAUGUCCCACCUCCACACCUACCACGACCGGUUCAGCCAGAGGCUCUUCCCGUUCUUCAGCCCAGGAGCGACGCUGGGUGGCAGGAACGCCGAGCCCCUCCGGCUGCUCCUUUCUUCUACCGGCGAUCCCGGCCCGAGGCUGGCUGGGCCACCAGAGCCCGAACGAGAGGAUGCCAUCCUUGCGGCUCCACGCGGGGACCCCAGCGACGGGUUCCCGGGCAGGCGCUGGGACUGGGUCUGCUCCGCCCUGCUAAUCUCCCUCGCCGCCGCCUGGCCGGGAAGAGCCGACUUCCUGGAGGUUUACUUGGUCUGCUGUGGUGUGCUGGGGUUUUCCGGCCUGUGGUGGUCUCUGCUGGAUAACAGGAACCUGGCUGGGAUCUCUUGGCGGUUCUGUGGUGUGCUGGGCCACGCUGGGCUCUCUUGCUUCCUGCUGGCUUCUGCUGGGCUCCCUGGAACCUGCCUGGUUGGGCUGAGUUUCUUCGGGUGGUGUCUGUCAUCCCGAGGUUACACAGUCUCUUCCUGGCUGGCGGUGAGCUUCGGGGGCUUUCUGGGGCUCCUGUGGCUGUUGGACAAUAAUACUUGGAUCUGGUGGGUCUGCUGUGGUGUGCUGGGAUAUGCUGGAACAUUCUUAUCAUUGCUGGGCUGUGACAAUGUCGCCCUGGUCUGCUGGUGGUGUUGUGGCACCCAGGGUUACGUUGGCUUGUGCCUUCUCCUGCUGUGCUCCUCUCCGCUCUGGGGUCUAUUCUGGAUCGUAUCGGGCAUGGUGGGGCUGCGUUUGUCCCGGAGGGGCUCCACACACAGCCCGUGGGCUCUGAUGGGCCUGCUGUCCUACAAUGCAGUGUGGUGUGUGCUGGUGGGCAACGCUGAGCUCUCUGCGAUGUCCCUGGGCAUCGGCACCUUAGCGUGGUGGCCGUGCUCCCGUCCUCACAGCAGCUGAUCGGCCACUACAACGUCUCUCAGGCAGCAUUUGCAAAUUGACUUCAGCCGGCGGGUCUGCCGCAAAAGUCAAAGUGGAGUUUAUUGCCAUGUGCACAAGUACAUGUAUACACAGGUGCAGCGAAAAACUUACAA